AUGGUGCAGUUUGCAGAACAGAACAGCACAGCUGGCCUGCGGGCGCUGCACCUGAACAUCAGCAGGGCCAUGGCCCAAGGCCUGCUCCUCGCAUUCUCCCCUGCUGAGGGCCCCACAGUGAUCAGCUCAGCAGAGGAGGGGACAGCAGGCACCAUCCAGCUCCCCGGCGGGGCGUUCCCAGCCCCGAGCAGCCAGGCAGUGCGCGUGGUGGUGACUGUGCUCAACAUCCAGCAGCUCGCCAUGUUCCAGGAGGACAACCAGAUGGGAAAGGUCCUGGAUGACACCGUGGUGGGCAUCGUGGUUGGGGAUGGGGACGUCUUGGAGCUGCAGGACCCCGUGCAGCUCACCUUUGCCUACCAGCAGUUGCCACAUAAUGUCACCCCGCUGUGUGUUUUCUGGGAGCCCAGCAAAGGGCAGGCAGGAGGCUGGAGCAGCCACGGAUGUGUCACACAGCCCAAGGACAAGGAGACAGUCUGCACCUGUGACCACCUCUCCUUCUUCACCCUCCUCCUGAACCCAUCCCUGGACGGAUCUACAGCACAGACGUUGGUGACUGUGGCCAAUGCUGGUUGUGGUGUGGCUGUGGCUUUCUCCAUCUUCACUUUUGCCUUCUACAUCUUCUUAAGGUGCAGUUACAAACAGUUCAGGUCUGAGGACACCCUCCGCAUCAACCUGGGGCUGCACAUGAACCUGGUCAGCAGCCUGCUCCUGCUCAACCUGGCUUUCCUGCUCAGCAGUGGGCUCUCCAGCAGAGCACCUCCUGGGCUGUGCAGUGCCCUGGGGGGGCUCACCCACUACUGCCUGCUCUGCUGCUUCACCUGGACGGCGCUGGAGGGCUGUCACCUCUAUCUCCUCUUUGUCAAGGUCCUUGGCACCUACAUACACCACUACCUGCUGAAGCUGUGCAUUGUCGGAUGGGGCUUCCCUGUUCUGGUGGUGGGGGUGGCAGGAGCCAUUGGCAGCUAUGGAAAACACAGCAUUGGGACAGUGGACAACCAGACCAUAAUCGACCUGUGCUGGAUCAAUUCUGAGCACCUCCUCGUCCACUACAUCACAAACUGCGGCUACUUCGGCCUCAUCUUCCUCUUCAACACCAUCAUCUUCGGGGUGGUGGCCUGGAAGAACUGCCACCUGUGGAGGAGCGGGGUGAUGCAGGGGCACUGCAAGGCCUGGAAGGUGGUCCUGGCAGCGAUGGGUCUCUUCUGCCUGCUUGGAGCCACCUGGGCACUGUCCUUCCUCAGCUACGGCAGCUCUUCCACGCCCAUGCUCGUCCUUGCUGCUAUCCUCAACUCCCUCCAAGGUGUUUUCAUCUUCGUCUGGCUGGUUGUCCUCUACUACCCAAGGGCGGAGGAGACCAGCAGCUCCCUCUCCCACAUCGUGAGGAAUGACAAAACCAUGGCUGUGUCACAGGGAUAGCUGCUGGGCCUUCCCUCUCUGCCUGCCAGCUCCCAGCCCAAAGCACAUGGCUUCCUGGGAGAGCAAGGCCUGCAUGGGCAGCUGGGCACCCUGGCUGACCAGCGUGGCCCCUGCUCUCACCCACACCUCAUUUUACUCUUUGGGGGGUGUGAUCUGCCCUAGCUGCCCUUUGGCUCCUGAGGGCCAGCUUGGUCCAAGGAGCUCCAGUCACCUCCCUCCCUUCUGCAUGCCCUCGGAAGUCUCAUUCCCCAGUGCCUCUUCCUGGAGCCUGCAAGCCACCUGCAUUCAGCCUACAGCCUUACCCCAGCACAAGAGAGGGAAUUGGUUGCUUAGAUCAGCCAGGAGAUGCACAGCCAGCUGCACCCUGAGCUACACCAUGCCCUCCACACUGUAUGUGCAUGCACGCACAUCAGCUCAGCCUCUCACAGAGAGCUGUUGUAUU